AUGGAAAGUGAAGUUAGCUUUAAACAUACUGAAGAAUUUGCAAUGGAUAAACUAGCAGUUGGGCAAUCAAUUGGCAGUUGGAAUAAAUUUGACUAUAUCGAAUUAUACAAUGAGGAUUGGAUUAAUGUAAUGAAUGAACUAGCAUUAGGGCAAACUGUUGAAAGUUGGAAUGAACUUGACCUUAUUGAAUUAUAUAAUAAGAGUUUGACUAAUGUGAUGAAUAAAUUAGCAAUUAAUCAUGUUGAAUCACAUAAUGAGAAUUCAGCUAAUAUAAUAGAUGAACCAGCAGUUGGAAAAUAUUUGGAAAAUAUAGUAAUGGGAUUUGUCGAAGCUGCCAAUAUGCUUCAAGUUUGUGCCAGUUGUCCUAAGACAACUGGCAUAUUAAAAAUCAAUUCUGUCUGUUUGAAUUAUAAUCACCAAAUAAGUGAUAAAACUAAUAGAUUUGCUUUGAAAUACCAAAUAUUUUCUGAAGACAUGUUAAAUAAUAUCAAAUUUUGGGCCAAAAUUAGAAAUAUCAAUAUGAAAACACAAUAUCAAAUACUAAAUCAUGUUGAAUAUGAGGCAGCUACCUUACUUAAUGAUCUUUUAGAACAUAAAUUUAAAGAUAAUAGUUCAAAAACUUCAAGUAGUAUUGAACAAACUUUUCCUGACUUGUCUUCUCGACUACCAGAUGCUAUUCAGAUUGAAUUAGAUGCUGGUAAUCACAUAGUACAAGAACUUGAGGACUUUAUGAAUAGUUUUAUUAAUAAGCAGUACCAAAAAGCAAAGAAAAG